AUGAUCUCCUAUAUACCGAAAUGGUGGCUACUUCUCUGCCUCUUUUCAUCCAUUUUGAGUUCUGCUAUCUCAAUGGGUUCCAUCGUCCAGCAGUUCUUCAAUUACAGGAAACCAUUUGAGCAAAGGUUAGUCGUACGUAUUCAGUUGAUGGUCCCUUUAUUCAGUGCUACAUGUCUUUUGGCGUGUCUGAUACCUCAAAUUGCACAGAUUUGGAUUGAUCCAAUUCGUGAGAUUUAUGAAUCCUUCGUCAUAUACACAUUUUUCUCGCUCCUGACGCUAAUCUUGGGAGGAGAGCGCAAAAUCAUUACAGAGCUGUCGAUUGGCAAAGCUCCAAUUCGUCAUCCAAUUCCCUUCUUUGGGCGGAUUCUCCCUGUUGUUGACAUGUCUGAUCCCAGGGACUUUUUGAGCAUAAAACGAGGUAUUCUGCAGUACGUUUGGUUUAAACCAUUAUACUGCAUCGGAACAAUGAUUUGCAUGCAAAAUGAUUGGUACCCUGAGUUUUGGAUUCCAUUUUGGACUAUUUCUUACAAUAUUUCCGCGAGCUUAUCGUUGUACAACCUAGCCCUAUUUUGGAAAUGCUUGUACACUGAUCUACAGAAGUAUAAUCCGUGGCCCAAAUUUCUAUGUGUUAAACUAAUCAUUUUUGCUUCAUACUGGCAAGGUACAAUCAUAGCGAUUUUGAGUAAGUGCGGUGUUAUAAACCACGACACGGACGUUGAUUAUGGUUAUGUUUAUCAAAACGCCGUGCUUUGUGUAGAAAUGAUUGGUUUUGCAUUAGGACAUUUGGUAGCUUUCAACUGGUCCGCUUACAGUUCCAAGAGUAUACCAGAAGGCUCGAGAAUACGAGUUUUUUACGCGUUGCGCGAUUGUUUUGGAUUCGGCGAUUUAGUAUGGGAUUUUAAAGUCACUUUUCUCGGUAACUUGUACAAUUAUCGCCAUUUCAACUCCGCAGAGGCAGUGGUGGCACAUAGGAACGCGCGUUCUCGACUGGGACGACUGCAGGCCGGCUUCAGAUAUUCAGAUGGCGGUAGAAGUAAUUAUUGGGUCAAUGAUGGCGAACUGCCCUCACAGACGAAUCCCGCAUACGGCAGUAUUGAGAACAACGAGCCAUGGAUCGACCUCGCUCAAGAUAGCUACAUCCCAGAAGAUCCGAAUUAUCCGGUAAUAUGGGACGUUGAUGCAUACAAGUAUAGCAGGGAUAUGGAAGCGCUGCGACAAAAUGUGAGGCGAUCGUAUUUACCUUAA